AUCGAUGACAAAACGAAUAUACAUAUAAAGGUCUUGAAAGAACUUAGAACUUCAGUAUCUUUUGGCUCUUUAAGACGACAAUUGCCCAUUUUUAGAAAAGAAAAACAGCAACUCUUUUUUGGAAAAAUUGUGAUUUUUGAUCAUGGCAUCUGUUAAAUGUUUUGUGCUUUUCUUCACCCUUCUACUUGUUGCUCACUCUUUUGCUCGUCCAGGUAGUCGCAGAAACGGGUGUACCUCAAAACUAUGUUGCAUUGGAUGCGAAACGGAGAGUGAAGGUGGAAACACUGGAGGAAAUGGAAGCAAUGGAGGAAAUGGAAACAAUGUGGGAAAUGGAAACAACAUAAAAUAUAUGAGUGAUGGAGGAAAUAGUAACAAUGUUGACAAUGGAAAUGUUGGAAGCAAUUACAACCAACAUGGAGGUCAUGUUGUUUCGAAUAUCCAAGGAGAAGUAGAUAGACUCAGAAUAACAGAUGGAAAAAAGGAAAUAAUAUUUGGAAGUGGAUGCAAUAAUAAUUGUUAAAAUCGAUCAUUUUAGGAACACAAUAUAAAUUCAUAAUAUUACCCUGACUAGUGUUUCUCAAAUUUUCAUGUUUACAAAUAUGACAAUCAAAUUUAUCAAAUUUAUAAUAAUGUAAAUAAUUUUCAAACAAGAAGUAAAUAAAAUCUGUUAGUAAUUAAAAGAAA